AUGCAGAGGGCUUCGCACAACGAAAGUCAUGAAGUGCGGGAGUGGUCUGAGGCGACUUUCGAGGAUGGCAGAGGAGAAAUUCAAACAAUCGAUGUGAGCGAAGAAAUUGAGGAAGAUGUCAAUUUUCUAAAGGAUUUAGCAAUCAUUUGUAGGCUUAUCGGCGCAAGAAUAGACAGAAAAUCAAUCGAGAAGUGGAUAGAAGAAACUUGGAAGACACCACAAAUUACAAAAUUCAUGCCGAAAGGUUUUUUCAUUGUGGUUUUCGCUUCUGAGGAAGAACGGCGGAAGGUUUUGGAGGGGGGUUUAUGGACAAUGAAUGGGAAGCCGCUAUAUAUUCAAAAAUGGUUUAGGAACUUCAAUCCUCUAAAAAUAGAGCCCUAUGAGAGGCCUAUAUGGAUUCGAUUGAACAACUUGCCAAUGGAAUAUUGGUCGGAAGAAGCCCUAGAAAAGAUUGGCAGAUCAUUAGGAACCCUAAUGGAGAUAGAUGCGGAAAUUGCGACUGGAAAUUUGUAUUUGUAUGCAAGGAUAAAAUUAGCGACGGUCAGGAGAAUCCCACAGGUGAUAAAGCUGAGAAGUCAUGAUAUGGUAUGGCCACAAACGAUUGAAAUUGAGGAGGAGAAAUACUAUUGCUCUAUAUGUGGAAGGACAAACCAUGAUUCAGAAAAAUGCAGGAAGAACAAAAUGGAGAAAAAGAUCUGGAGAGUAAAACAAGUGGCUGGGAUCAAGAAAUCUGAUAAGCUACUCUAA